GGCUUCCUGCGAGCGAGCGGCCGGGCCGAGGGCUGCCCGGGCUGAGGAGCGAGGCGAGCCCGCGGUGUGCCGUGCAGGCCCCGCCUCUGUUUCACUCCGUCUGGCAGCUGGCUUUUUCCAGCGUGAACGCAUUUCCACACCCCCCCUCCCGGCUUUUAUUAUGCUUAAAUCUUUUUCCUGCCGAGCGUUUAGGGAUGGUUUGGCAUUGGCCAGCGUGCCGCCUUGCUCUGGUCCGGGUGGAACGAUGCCCUCUGCCAGCAUCCCUUCAGAUGCUCGUCUUGCUUCUCCUGUAGCCGUGUCUCUCCCCCUCAGCGUCAUCUGCAGUUUCAACAACUCCCCAGACCGUCCUUAACCAUGUUCCCUAAAGAAAUUCAUCCGCAAGACCAAACUAAGGCGAAAUCUAUGGUGGCCCCAAUUCCAAGUACUCAUGUUCACCAAGUUCUGCCAGUAUUGUCAGGACUGGGGGGUGUUCAAAGGCAAACAGAAUUGUUUUGUUUUAAGGAACUUUUUGGGUGAAUUAACCAUGAGAAAAAAAUAAUGUGAAAGUGGGAUAUUCUGCAGUUGCUCUUAAUCAUGUCAUGGAUUUUAAAGAAAAGAAACAGGAAAUUGUCAAGCCAGUAUCUCCCUCAGAGUUGUUUCCAUCUUUGCCUAUUGUACAAGGGACAUCUAAAAGAAUUAAAGUCUUAACCCGGCUGACACUUAUUGUUUCUGAUCCUUCCCACUGUAAUCUCUUGAGAUCAACAUCUGCAAAUAUAAGGUUAUAUGACAUCAUAGCAGUAUUUCCAAAGACUGAGAAACUGUUCCAUAUCGCUUGCACAACUCUAGAUGUGGAUUUGGUAUGCAUAAAUGUAACAGAAAAGCUGCCAUUCUACUUCCGAAGACCUCCUGUGAAUAUGGCAAUAGAUCGAGGCAUUUACUUUGAACUUCUUUACACGCCUGCCAUCAAAGACUCCACAAUGAGAAGAUACACAAUUUCAAAUGCAAUCAGCCUUAUGCAGAUCUGCAAAGGAAAGAACAUUGUUAUAUCUAGUGCAGCUGAAAGGCCUCUAGAGCUACGAGGUCCUUACGAUGUGGCUAAUCUAGGUUUGCUGUUCGGCUUGUCUGAAGGUGAAGCCAAGGCAGCUGUGUCUACCAACUGCAGAGCCACUGUGCUCCAUGGAGAAACUCGGAAGAGUGCCUGUGGGGUAGUGUACACAGUGAAGAAGCCUCGCAAGGUUGAGGAGGAAGAAACAACACUGCCAGCUUGCAAGAAAGCCAAGACUUAAGCUUGAGGACUGAACCCACUGUCAACAGGAGCCUCCAUCCCAUCUUUACCUAAUGUUGAGUCUUCCACCAUGCUCCAGCCACCCCAGUUCAUCUCUUAAUACUUUAUAUAGCUGGAGAAGAAUUAUUCUUCUGGUGUUCAAGUGAGGAAAGCUGUGGCAAUGAGGCUGCUGAAUGGUAGUUUACCGCAUCUGAAAUGUCUGCUGCUGGGCUUCUGGCCAAGAUCAGGAGAUAACCUCUCUACCCUGUCUUAGGUCUUCUGGUGUUAGUGCAAACUCAACACAACGUUUCUAACGUAUGGAAAUUUUGUUGUACAAGUGCAUUCCUUUUUUAUUAAAAAUAUUUCUAUGAA